AUUUUACAACAAAAGAAAUGUUUAUCCACUAACUUGAUACCUGGUAGUGGUUAAACCGACUCCGGGUGUUCCACAAGGCCCAGUUUCAGGGCCCGUGCUAUUUCAAUAAAUCAGCCAACUGCGACCAGUUGAAGAAAUGGACGAAACGACGAAAAACAGGGGCAAAUGGGGCAACAGCAUCGAGUUCCUAAUGUCCUGCAUUGCCAUGAACGUGGGCUUGGGCAACAUUUGGCGUUUCCCCUUCGUGGCGUACGAAAACGGCGGUGGCGCCUUCCUCAUCCCCUACAUCUCCGUCCUAAUCCUCCUCGGCCGCCCCAUGUACUACCUGGAAAUGUGCCUCGGCCAGUUCAGCAGCCGAGGCAACGUCGAAAUGUUCGAGUCCAUAGCCCAGGUGUUGAAAGGGGUCGGUUUUGGGCAACUAAUCGGGACGUUUUCCGUGGCCACCUACUACUGCUCCCUGAUGGCCUUGACCCUGUACUACUUGAUCCAUUCGUUCCGGCCCGACCUGCCCUGGUCGCAGUGCGACCCCAACUGGGGUCGGGACACGUGGCUGGGCAACAAUACGUGCAUUCCGAGCAAGAGCACGGAAGUGGGGGUCGAGAAUUCGGUCAGCUCGGCUGAAGCCUGGUUCAGGAUCGAGGUGUUGAGGGAAGCCACGGAUUUGUCGCAUGGGAUAGGGUACCCCAAUUGGGAGUUGACGCUCUGUUUGCUGUGCUCGUGGAUUAUCACGUUUUGUAUUUGCGCCAAAGGGGUGCAAAGCUCGGGAAAAGCGGCGUAUUUUCUUGCGAUUUUUCCAUUUAUUAUACUUUUCGCGCUUUUGAUUCGGUCGGUUACGCUGGAGGGGGCUGGACAAGGGAUUUUGUAUUUUGUCAAGCCCAACUGGGAAAAGUUACUAAGUGCACAGGUAUGGUAUGCAGCCGUCACUCAAUGUUUCUUUUCCUUGAACAUCGGUUUCGGUUCGGUUACAAUGUACGCAUCUUAUAACAGCUUCGAUCACAAUGUUUACAGAGACGCAAUGGUGGUCACAACUCUUGACACUUUCACUUCAUUUCUAUCCGGUUUGAUAAUUUUCGGGAUUUUAGGAAAUUUAGCUUACAAGAUGAACGUAGAAGUGUCAGAUGUUGUAAAAUCUGGUGGAACAGGUUUAGCUUUUAUCUCAUACCCUGAAGCUAUAGCUCAUUUUGAUAUUGUACCAUGGUUAUUUGCUAUUUUGUUUUUCUUCAUGUUGUUUGUACUGGGCGUUGGAAGUUUAAUAGCGUUAAAAGGGUGCGCUUUUACGGUGAUUUUGGACGCUUUUCCCCAUUUGAAAACAUGGCAUGUGUCAUUUGGAACGGCUUUGGUUGGCUUUCUGGUCGGUUUAGUCUACAUCACCCCGGGUGGCCAAUUUAUUUUCACAAUGGUGGAUUUUUUCGGCGGUACUUUCAUUUUCUACGUCCUGACCAUAAUCGAAGUCCUUUCGGUGAUGUGGUGGUACGGAUUGGAAAAUAUCUGCCUCGACAUUGAGUUUAUGUCAAAAAGACGUCCAGGGCCGUACUGGCGAAUUUGCUGGGCCGUCAUAAUCCCAAUCGUCCUUAUCACCGUUUUCGUGUAUUUUAUCGCAACGUUAGAAGAGUUAAAAUACGAGGACCAGUCAUACCCAGGCUACAUCAUUGUGUGGGGGUGGGCCUUGUUUGGCGUGGGUGUGAUGCAGCCUUUGAUUUGGUGGGGGAUUGAAAUCGGGAAGAAUUACAAAAGGGAAGGCGUUUCCAAGGCAAUACUGCGGACGUUCAAGCAUGAAAAUUGGGGCCCCAAAGAAGAGGAGUUUUACAACAACUGGGUGGAAUUCAAGCGGGAAAGGCGGCAAAAAACGGCCACGGGCCGGCACUGGUUCAAGCACAAAUUAUGCGUGCUUGUAGGAAAGUAGGCUAGGGAUUGAAAAUGAAUGUCAAAUGAAGCAGAGAAAAGUAAUUUGUGACGCCUGUGUGGUUAUUAGAAUGAAAGCAUUGUUAUUGUUUGUUUGUUUUUUUUUUAAAUAAAGUGGUCAAGAAUCCAG